AUGGCGGACCCAAGGUCCCCGGACAGCCAAGGCUUGGAGGGUGAGAAGCUUGGUUCAAAAGUGGAGGACCACCAGAUCGAGUCCGUUCACGACGAGAUUCAGAGAGUCAAUAUCCAGGAGCUGUCAAAUCGCGCCAUGACCUGGAGGUCCAAGGCCGCAUUGCGCCUUCUUGUCGUCAUUGUCAUUCAAGGCCUGAGUGUGGCUGCCUUUGCCAUCGAUGGCAACAUCAUUGGCGGCAUGUCCGCCCUACCAGCCUUCCGGGAGCACUUCAACGUCAGCACCAGUGGUAGCGGCAUUGCCCUUGUCCUCGCAGCUAUGUCCAUCGGCAACAUCGUUGCCAGUUUGUUCCAGUGGCUGUCUGAUAUGAUUGGCCGCCGCGGCGUCACCUUCAUCGGCAACAUCAUCCUCGUCGUCAGCUGCAUCCUCCAGGCCACCGCCCCGAACCGUGCUAUCAUGAUCGUGGGCCGUGUCUUUGGCGGGGUCGGGUGUUCGCUAAGCGCCACUGUAGGUCCUCUUUACAUGAGUGAGGUGGCCCCCUCGGCUCACCGAGGCCUUGCCGUUGGCCUGUAUUGCUCCUGCUACAGCAUCGGGUCCAUCGUCAUCGCCUGCGUACUGCUUGGCGGCUCCUACAUGGAAGGGAACUGGACGUGGAGGAUGCCUAUGCUCUUCCAGCUGGCGCCUCCAGUCAUUGUUUCGGCCCUGGUGUAUCCUUGCACCCCCGAGAGCCCUAGAUACCUAAUCUACAAGGGCAAGGUCAGGGAGGCUGAGCAUGUUAUUGCCAAGUAUCACACCGAUAGUGGCCUUGUUAGUGACCCCAUCGUCGCGGCAGAGCUCUCUCAGAUUCAAGCUUCUGUAGAGUCUGUGGACUCGACACCCUGGGAUUUUACGACAUUGUGGAGCAAGAAGAGCGCCCGGUACCGUCUCAAAGUCAUCUUCAUGUACGCAUUCUUCCAGCAGUGUAACGGUACUUCAAUGCUGGGUUACUACUUGCCCGGCAUCUUGUCCCUCGUCGGAAUCACAAACACCCAGCAGCAGCUUGGCAUCAACGUUGGAAUGAGCGUCGUGUCUUGGCUCUCGACGCUUGUCGGUUCCGUGAUUGUCGACCGCGUUAGGCGCCGAUUCCUUCUCAUGGCCACAAUGGGCGUGUUUAUAUUCUUCCUGGCCAUGAUGAGCUUGACGGGCGGGCUAUUUGACAAUGGUAUCGCCAUGAAAGCCAUGGGCAUCCUGACCAUCACCUGGAUUUACCUCUUCCAGAUAUCCAACGGCCUCUUGUCAAACGCCCUACACAAUAUUUACCCCAACGAGGUCCUCCACUACAGUCAGAGAGCCAAGGGCAUGGGCAUGUACAGUUUCUUUCAAAACUGCUUUGGUCUUGUCAUGACAUAUGGAAUGGGUGAAGCCCUUGCUAAAAUCGAAUGGAAGAUCUACUUCAUCUUCAUUGGAAUUGACAGUGUCUGCCUGUAUCUCACUUGGUACUACUUCCCCGAGUUUCAGCAUCUCUCCCUCGAGGAGAUCGACCACAUUUUUGAGACUCCUGGCGUUCACCCCGUCAAGAUCUCUAAAGCCUUGCACCCGAAGAGCAGGAUGGCCAACAACAAUAACUAG